AUGAGAGAUAAAAAGAAAAAAGAAGAAGAAGACGAAGAUGAAGAUGAAGAUGAAACUGCAGAAACAGUUGAGAAAACUGGAAAGAAAUUCAAUAAUUAUUUUUGCUACAUUGUUCAUUUUGGCUUUGUAAUACUUAUUUAGAUUGUUUCAAUUGCAAUAGUUUUAGGUAUUGAUGAUUCAACAUGUGACAAUCCAAUUCGGUAAAUCCUAAUAUAGAGAAUGGCUUAUUGUCUGAGCUGCUGUGGCUGGAUUUUCUCUUAUUUUACUUUCUUUAACUUUUGUCAAAAAAAUUAAAAAGGGCAAAAGGGCGUGCGUGAUCUUCCUUUAUUCACUAACUCCCUUUAAAUUGGAAAAAAAUUAUCGUUAUUUGCUGAUUUUUAAAACAUUGCGACCUAUAUGUGUAAUUUUUUCCCACGUGUUGAAAGAUGAUUCACAUGUGAAGCCCUUUUGAUUUCACGUGUGGAAUCAUCUUUCAACACGUGGAAAAAAUUACACAUGUAGGUCGCAAUGUUUAAAAAUCAGCAAAUAGCGAUAUUAUCUAUUGGUAUUUUUUCGGAUGAGCUCAAUACGUCGGGAGACCAAAUCCCAGAUGCGGAGCCACUCAAGUGUAGAAAUUCCAUAUGUGGGAUUUGGUUUGACACGUGGGAAAAUACCCGAUGUAUCAAACCCAUCCCAAAAUUAUGCCAAGGCACAAUAAUUUUUGAGUAUAUUAACCCAUUUUAAAUUUCUACAAAAUUUUAAUUUUAUCUUUUUUUUUUAUAAAUAAAUUAUCAUAUAAUUAAAUAAAUUAACUGCAGAUAGCUUUGAUCCAACUUAAGAUAGGGAUAAGCUUUCCAUUUUUCAUUUCCUGGAUAGUUGUUGGGAGUGUUUGGCUAUAUACCAGUGAUAACUGUUAUGAUGAUUUUUAUAAUGGAUGGGCUCUAACUCUAUCAAUAUUAGUUGUCAGUUACACAGGAAUAGGCUUGGUUUGCUGCGCUUGCGGUAUAUUGGCUGUACUAUAGUAAGCUUAAUGCUAUAGCUCUACAUAAGAAAUAGAGAGACAUAGCAGCCGAGAGAGCCGAACUUAAGUAGACUACCAAAUUCUUAUUUACCAAAUGCGUUUGAUGCUCCAUUUUGGGGGCUAAGAGUUGAUUCGCCAACUUAAGCUAACAAUUCAGCUCUUUAGGUUGCUUUGUCUCUUUGCUUCUUAUGCAAAGUUAUAGCAGCAAGCUUACUAUAGCUAGAAAAGUGUUUAAAAAAGUUAUUGGUUUUGAAAAGUUUGAAGAUGUGUUAGAAUUUUUGGAGAAUAAUAAAGAAAUAAUGGAAAUUAUAAGAAGUUAUGAAAAGGAGAAAUCAAAAAAAGAAGGGUCUGGAAAGGAAAGCAAAUUUGACAAAGUUGAAUCUUUACUGAUGAAAGGCAAAGGGAUAAAAGAUAUGCUAGAAGCGUUGGAAAUAGAUAAAUUACUAACUGAAAAAGGUGCAGAAAAAAUAGUGGAAAAUGAAAUAUUGAAGUCAAUCAUUGAGAAGGGAAAAGAAAUGAAAGCCCUAUUGGAGCAAUAUAAAUUUGAGGCAUUAAUGGUAAAGGAAGUUGUGAAAAACGCGGUUGGAAAAGAAAAUAUAGAAAAAAUUGAAGAAAAAGGAAAAGGAAUUAAAGCUGCAAUCAAUAACAUAGAGGCAUUUAUUCCAGAAAAUAUAAAAGAAGCCUUUAAUAGUAAAAUACUGCCUGGAUUUUCUGAGGAAUAA